CAUGAUGUGGCAGCUGCUGGAGGAGAUGGUGCGGGAGUGCGCUGGCGAGGCUCUGGAGGAAGGUGUGCAGGAACUGGCCGGGGGGCUGCUGGACGAGCUGCUGGACGAGCUGCUGGACGAAGAGAGCGGGGAGGUGGUGGAAGAGUUCAACAGGGAGCUGCUGGACAGCGCCCUGAGCAGCAGCGACAGCAGCUACUUGGAGGAAUGCGAGAGCCCAGCGCAGGAGGUGGUGGAGGAAGAAUUUGAUGGUGUAUUAACAGAAGAUAUACUAGCAAAAGGUCUAUCAAACCUGAGACAUUCAGCAACUGGAUUAGAACAGACCUAUGUCCAUCUCUCCGUUCCAAAUUGCAAACUAUGUGACAUCUCUAUUCUUUACGAUUACAUGCACCUCCAGAAGUUGGAACUCCCCUACAAUAAAAUAACAGAUUUGCGUUGUGUUAAUUGUAUGCCCUACCUGCUACAACUGGAUGCCUCCCACAAUGCAUUGAGCUCACUGGGUGAUCUAAAACUACCCCAAAAUAUAAAGGAAGUGGAUUUUUCCCACAACCAGAUAUCUGACAUGAGUCAUUUAUCAGACUAUCGGUUCCUCUUUAAAUUGAAUUUGGACAACAAUGAAAUCCAGACAAUUGAAGGCUUGAGGAACUGUAAAAGUCUCAGCUACCUCAGCCUAGCAGAAAAUAAACUGUCAAAAGUUUGUGGCUUGGACAACUUGCCAAUUAAGUUCCUUUGCCUUCAAGGUAACAAGAUCACAGAUUUGAAGGGACUGGCAAAACUGAAACGCCUACACAAGCUUGAUCUGUCGAACAAUAAAAUAGAAUCUUUGAAAGGGUUGGCAGAUCAUGACCUUCUGGAAAAUAUUAAUCUGCAGAACAAUCAGGUCAGAGAAUUGAAUGAAAUUAAACACAUGCAAAGCCUUGAACUUUUACGGGUCUUGAAUCUUCAAUGGAAUCCAAUACAGGAAAACCCUGAUUAUUUAUACUGGAUCCUGUUCAUGGUGCAGAAGCUGACUGAGCUGGAUCUUAAAAAAGUGAAAGCAAUUGAUAAGGUUCUGGCAAUCAAUAAAUAUAACCCUCCAGCUGAAGUGGUAGCUGCCAAUGACCACAUGACCCACAUAAUGUAUAGUUUUCAGCAACUUCAGAGGAUUUAUGACAGCACCUUGCCUAACUUUGAUAUUCCAUAUCCCAUGCUCGUUCUGGUGGGGCCCCAGGCCAGUGGAAAACGAGAACUUGCUCACAUGCUUUGCCAAGAAUUCAGCAACUAUUUUGGAUAUUGUAUCUGUCAUACGAGUCGGAGUCCAUAUUAUGGAGAAGAAGAUGGAUGUGAUUACCAUUUUGUAACUGAGCAAACGUUUGAAGAAAUGAUCCGACUGGGGAAAUUUAUUGAGACAAUAAAGUACAAUGGACAUUAUUUCGGACUCAGCAGAGAUGCAUUAGAAGCUGUCGCCAGAGAGGGUUUAGCCUGCUGUACUCACAUGGAACUUGAGGGAGUACACAGCUUGAAGAAGACAUAUUUUGAGCCUCGAUACAUUUUGCUGAUCCCAAUGAGAAAAGAAAAGCACAGGAAAAGAUUACUAUUAAGAGGGCUGUAUGACCAAUCGCAAAUUGAUUUUGCUGUAUCCAGAGUUGAUACAUAUAUCAGCAUGAAUCAGGAUCACCCAGGAUACUUUGAUGCUGUUAUUAAUAGCGAUGACCUUAUGCAGGCAUACUUGCAGCUGAGCCAGCUGCUCCGUGAGUACCUGAAUCUCAAAUGCCAAAAAAGUGAUGACGAAGACGAAGCUAUGAAUGGGGACGAAUGGCAGGCACCUGGUGAGUGUGUGCUGGAAUUUCAGAAUGCUGAUAGAUAG